AUGGCCGGGGAAGACCUCGACGCGAUUGCUGCUGCUGAACUGAUCCAAGAAGCAAAAAGAGGAUCUGAAAGAGCAAAAGUGAUGGGUGCUAUGGGAUGGCGUAAAUGCCCUCUGCCAAGUGCCAACAAAGUGUUUUUGAAUAACACUCUUCUCAGCAUAAUUGGACAUUCCAAGCGACACGAAAAAGAGAGAGAAAAGAGUUGCAAAGAAGAGAGAUUCUCAAAAGUCGGUUCCUCUUCUGGAAGAGGCAGUAGGAAGCGAGUUUAUUCAUCUUAUUCUCCCCCAAAACAAAAAAUCACCAAGACAGACACAGUUGAUAAAACAUAUGACUGUAUCACAUCUGAUAAAAGAGCAGACACAAAAAAAGAAUUCUCUUUAUCUCAAAGGAAGCAUUCUUAUUCUUCACUUAAUUCAUAUAAAAACGAUCAACAAAUUAAAAAACGAAAAGAAUAA